AUGGAAGCAUCCACGUUCAUUCGCUUUGAGGACGACAAUGGGACGAUUCGUUAUGGAGAACCUACAAAGGAGUCUCUCGCUGGCGACCUCAUCGGUGCAACAGUCGAAGUCUUGCAGGGGGAUCCGUUCCAAGGACUGAAACGCUCGGGAGAAAAGGCAAAGGUGGGCGUCGUUCUUUGUCCUCUCGAGUCCACCCCAAUCGUGCUCUGCAUCGGCCUCAACUACAAGAAGCAUGCCGAAGAGGCGAACUUGACUAUUGCGCCCUAUCCGGUCGUUUUCACGAAACCGCCCACCGCGCUCGCUGGUCCUUACGAUGAUAUACAUGUACACCCAGACGCAGCAUCCAUGAUGGACUAUGAGGGCGAGCUCGUGGUGGUGAUUGGGCGGGAUGCAAAGAACGUCUCGGUGGCCAACGCCUUGCACUACGUCCUUGGCUACACCAUGGGCAACGAUGUCAGCGCGCGGAAUUUCCAGCUCCCCGACGUCAGCGGUGGCCAGUUCUGCUACGCCAAGUCGUUUGACGGAUUCGCGCCCAUGGGUCCUGCGAUCGCCACGACAAAGGCCGUCUCCGACCCUCAGGCCUUGACGUACAGCACCAGAGUCAACGGGGCAACGAGGCAAGAAACGUCCACCAGUGAUAUGAUCUGGACUGUCGCACAGAUCAUCAGUCAUCUGAGCCGAGGAACCACACUUCGCAAGGGAACGACGAUCAUGACCGGAACGCCCAGCGGUGAGUAA